GGGAACCGAAGAAACGUCGUACCACACCCGCCACCGGAUUGGUCAGAGAAAUCAUUGGAUUCGUUGCUUCUUUACAGCGACAAAUGUGCAUAGAACUUCGAAAAUCUCAGUGCAAACGGGACUUUCUCAGUUACAUCACGUCUCGAAGUUGUGCACUUUCGUAAAACAUGAACUAUCACAUCUCUCGCUAAUGUGAAUGUUGAGUAAUGUACCUAACUAGUAGGGGACGCUGUUAGCCUCCAGUUUAGCACCAUGUUCCAGUCAUGUAAAUCUAAACCGCAAAUGAAUAUCUGGUAGGAAUUUUAUUUAUUUAUUUAUUUAUUUAUUUAUUUUAAAAGGGAUCAUGUUUCACAGUGGGAAUAUGAAGCAUCCUGAGUGGCACAUCUUUCACUCCCCACGACGCUUUGUUUCUCAUUUGCAUAAAGUAUAGCGUUCAUCAGACUUAUCUCCCCGGCUGGCCCCGCCUUCUUUCCUUUACUAAUAAAAGCCAGUCGGGGUUAAUGGUGUAAGGAACACCAGUCGAUUGUAGUAAUCAUCUCGUCCUGUUUCAGCAUUUAAGCCCUUAUGAUGUUUAAGUAAUGAGAUCGGAUUUUUUUUUUUUUACGCCGGCGUACGGGGCGUCCGUUUCCCUUCCGCGCGAGACGGUAAUAUCCGAGCGUAAUGAGGCUUUACUCUCGACCUCCAGGUGAGAGAGGAUUCACUAAAUAAAGAACAGACACGCUUUGAACUCGCUCAGACGUGCACGCUGAAUUAUUAAAAGAACAUAAGAGAAAGUUUUUCGGUGAAUUGGGUCAGUGUGUUAGCGCUCAGGGCUUCAGAGCACCUCGUUCUGAUGCUACAGGGCUGCUUGGACGUCUGUCUCGCGCGCCAAGGACGCUGUCAGAGACACAAGCCUUAAUGAGCACAGAGGUGACUUUACUUACGGGAGACGGCGACGGAGGAAUUCAUCAAACAGGAAGGCGGUUGUUAAAAAGAGACGUCUUCGCAUUACACAUUGGAGCAAAAUAUUGUGGGGAAAAAAAGUAACAGCAAUCGAAAUCGUUAAUCAUUACGAUACAAUAAACGCUUAUUUAAUGUUCUUUCUAUCCUGUGAUCUCAUCAAACAGCAGAGCAUCAACAUUCCAGGAAAAGCAGCUGAAAGUUCAAGUUCAAUACAAAAAUGUUGUGUUUGGUGACAGUGGGCGGGAACUGUGCUCUGAUUGGUUACACUGGCAUUUUAUCACUGUGCUCUGACUGGUUACAUUGGUGUGUUGUGGGCGGGAACUGUGCUCUGAGUGGUUACAUUGGUGUGUUGUGGGCGGGAACUGUGCUCUGAUUGGUUACACUGGCAUUUUAUCACUGUGCUCUGACUGGUUACAUUGGUGUGUUGUGGGCGGGAACUGUGCUCUGAUUGGUUAUAUUGGUGUGUUGUGGGUGGGAACUGUGCUCUGAUUGGUUACACUGGCAUUUUAUCACUGUGCUCUGAUUGGUUACACUGGCAUUUUGGUUUUGGUUACACUGAUUGGUUACAUUGGUGUGUUGUGGGCGGGAACUGUGCUCUGAGUGGUUACACUGGCAUUUUAUCACUGUGCUCUGAUUGGUUACAUUGGUGUGUUGUGGGCGGGAACUGUGCUCUGAUUGGUUAUAUUGGUGUGUUGUGGGUGGGAACUGUGCUCUGAUUGGUUACACUGGCAUUUUAUCACUGUGCUCUGAUUGGUUACAUUGGUGUGUUGUGGGCGGGAACUGCGCUCUGAUUGGUUACAUUGGUGUGUUGUGGGCGGGAACUGUGCUCUGAGUGGUUACACCGGCAUUUGAUCAGUGGGCUCUGAUUGGUUACAUUGGUGUGUUGUGGGCAGGAACUGUGCUCUGAUUGGUUACAUUGGUGUGUUGUGGGCGGGAACUGUGCUCUGACUGGUUACAUUGGUGUGUUGUAGGCGGGAACUGUGCUCUGACUGGUUACGCCGGCAUUUUAUCACUGUGCUCUGAUUGGUUACAUUGGUGUGUUGUGGGCGGGAACUGUGCUGCAGUCAGUUACAGUGGUGUUUUAUGGGUGGGAACUGUGCUCUGAUUGGUUACAGUGCCAUGCUGUGGGCAUGAACUGUGCUCUGAUUGGUUCCAGAAUCAUUUGAUAAAUAUUUUUCUUGCUAAUGUUAAUAUCACGGCAUUUCAUUCUGAAUUGUUAGCAUUUUCACACAUUCUCAAGUCCUUCAUGUUUGUUCCCGGGGAAAGGACACAUGCGUCCAAAAACAAGGCUUCCUACAGGACAGCUGGAGAGAUCAGUGUGAUUUCCUUUAAAAAAAACUGUAAAAGCCAUCGUGGAGUAUUAAGGUGUCUUAAUGUAUCCGUGGUGGUGGUGGUGGUGGUGGUGGUGGUAAUCUGUGUGUUAAACACUGUGUUGUAGAUAAUCGUGUCAGGACACGUCAGAUAAUGCAGAGCACGCCCUUCUGUUUGCCUGACAUGUCCUUUCACUCACAAACCUGAAACGUACAUUCACGCAAACACGUGGGCGAAUGGCGUGUGUGUGUGUGUGUGUGUGUGUGUGUGUGUGUGUGUGUGUGUGUGUGUGUGUGCAUCUUUCCCACACACACUCAGAAUUUUCAUCAACUUCAGAUCAGAAACAGAGCACAAGGCUCUUAAUGCCUGGUGGGAAAAUCUGGUUUAUAACAUAAUAUUGUCUCUCUCUCUCGCCCUCUGUCUCUCUCUCUCUCUCUCUCCCUCUGUCUCUCUCUCUCUCUCUCUCUCCUAAGUGUUUGAUUUAUGUUAAGUGCUGUUUUCGUGCACUAACCACUAAUUAGCUGAUUAAAUAAUUAAACAGCAGCCUGUUGUUGAUUUAGUGAAUGAGCUGUGAUGGUGCAGAGCCUGGUUCUGCUGGUAAAGUUGAUCAUACUUGUUUGUGUUUGUACUAGCGUUAGCGUUUGUUAUGCAGCUCAACAUUUCCCAAAUGCUCUGAAAGCUUCCGAGUGGUUGAAAUCUCUACUCGCUCCUCUUUAUUCUGUCUGAGCUGUGACCUCACUGACGGAGAAGGGAAAAAACCUCUGAGACCUCCGCUGAGAAAGCGAGAGUCGCCAUGAACCGGAGACCGUUACACCCUGAGGAGACGCUAAGCAUGUCACCUUUAACUAUGAAACUUCAGUCAGCAACAGAAAACAGACUGCUAAUGAUACACGAAAGAAAGAAAGAAAUAUAAGAACUACAAAAGGAAACAAUAGACAGAGGGAGAAGCCGAACGGAUGGAAGAAAAGGAAAGAGAAAAAGGAAUGAUUUAUAAAAAGAUAGAAAUAAAAGUACAUCGGAAAAACUAGAACAAUCAAAGGAAAGAAAGAAAGAAAGUAAGAAUUGAUUGGGGAAAGGACGAGGAAAGAAGACAGAAAUGAAAAAAUCAGAAGAAGGAAUAGUGAAUGGAUGGAUGGAGGGAUGAAAAAGCAAAACGUCAAGAAUACAGAAUGGAAAGAAAGACAGAAAAGCAACAAGAAAAGCCAGAAGAAGGAAGAGAGAAAAAGAAAAAUGAACGAGAAAGAAAUUUUUUAAAUUGUAGAUAAACUGAAUGAAAGAAAAAUGGAUGGAUAAAAGAAAGAAAGAAAGGAAGAAGACAACCAGAAACGUCAAAAGAAGGAAAGGGCGAAAGAAAGAAAGAAAGAAAGAAAGGAUGGAUAAAAAAGAAAGAAAGAAAAACCAACUAAGAAAUAGAACUAGAAAAAACAAAACAAUGAAAGAACUGAUUUUUUUGAAGGAAAGGAGAGCUCGGACAAAAUCAAAAGAAAAAUAUUUACACACCGAUGAAAGAAGAGAAAAGUAGGAAACAAAGAAAGGAUGGACGAGAAAGACGGAAGGAUGAAAGGGAGGAAGACUCGGAAAGAAAAACCUAAAGAGAGAAAAAAAAGAGCAAAAAAAAAAAACCCCACCAGAAAGACUGCAAACGGACAGAAGUGAUAGAGGUGUGGGUGAAAUCGAGGCUGCUGAUUGGUCGGCUGAUCAUUAAACACGUCACCUCUGCGUGACCUCUGCACGUACAGAUCGUGUAAGACAGGAAGAGCGUGUGUGCUGCGUUCUGCAGUCACUACGAGCGUGUGAGCGAGAAGAAGAAGAAAAAUAAACACUACAAACAAGCGUAAAAAAUCCUGGCGCCCUGCUGCUCGGUGCUAACGUGUUGUUAGCGUGUUAGCAUAUUUGGCUCUUUUUAAAGGGUCUAUAAAUAAAGCGCAGGUUACGCUACAUAAACCUGCUCGCGCUGAGUCACCGUCAGCGCCUCACAAUUUAUAAAAAUACUUUAAAUAUUGAUUUUUUUUAUUUUUUCCUCCACACAUUUAGCACUACCUUCCACCCACUUGCUGAAAUCAGGGACAUGAGGACAGAUUCCACGGGCGAUUCGCGCGCUAAUUAAAGCUGCAACCAUGUUGAGCUUUUAAAGGGUGGCGUGAUAUCUCAGGUACGCCGGCGACGGAACCGAGCUACUGGUGAACUUUAGCGAGCGAGGAACUGGAGUGGGAUUUAAUUCUCAUUUAAUUCUCAUUUCUGUUUCAAUCCCCGUGGGCAAGAGAAAGCAGUUUGUGCUGCGUUCUCGCUGCACAUUGCAGUAGUGACUCAGCUCAAGGAGUUGUGUUCAGUUGUGCGUGUGUGUGUGUGUGUGUGUGUAUGAAGUAGGAGAAGCACAGUAGUGUUAUAAAUAGAGAAAUGAAGCAGCCCACGGAGCGAGGACGCAGUGCUGCACUCGGUUGUGACGGGCGAAAGCAGCUUUAGAAGAGAUAACGAAGCCGAUGAAGGCGAUGACGGCCUCGUCGGCUUUCACACAGGUGGAGGAUUCGGGAGUCGAGGUGGAGAUUCUGGAAAACAUCUGGUUUCGACUCGAGGACAGACUGCAGGUCGUAUCUGGUGUAAAAACAAAGCAAACUGCUGUGAUAAAGUCACGGGGUGCGACUGAGGGUGACGGGAUCGGGCAUUAACCACUCUAAACCGCAAUUAAAUACCUUCUACACACAAAGGUUCUCACAGGUUCUCACAGGUUCUCACAGGUUCCUGAUGUAUGGCCGAUACACUCAGGAGCUCGGCGCCUACGCCAAGGAGGAAGCGGCUCGCUUUCGGGCUGCCGGGGUUCGAAACCAAACUCCGGAUCAGCUGGAAUACAAAAAGGAUCGGUGUGCCAAGUGCCAGCUGUGCACGUCGCGGUGUCAGAGGUUCCUGAUCUCCCGUGUGGGUGAAGACUGGAUUUUCCUCAUCCUCCUGGGGCUGGUGAUGGCGAUGGUCAGCUGGGUGAUGGACUACACCAUCGCCUUCUGCCAGCAAGCACAGAAGUGGAUGUACAGAGGACUGGACAGUAACAUGCUUCUGCAGUACCUGGCCUGGGUUGCGUAUCCUGUGGUCCUCAUUACCUUCUCUGCAGGGUUUACACAAAUUCUUGCGCCUCAAGCAGUGGGUUCUGGGAUUCCAGAGAUGAAGACGAUCCUUCGCGGUGUGGUGCUGAAAGAAUACCUGACUUUUAAAACCUUUGUGGCAAAGGUUAUUGGUUUGACUUGUGCCCUCGGUAGCGGCAUGCCACUGGGAAAAGAGGGUCCGUUUGUCCAUGUUGCGAGCCUGUGUGCUGCACUCCUGAGCAAAUUCAUGGCCCUGUUUGGAGGAAUCUACAUGAAUGAGUUGAGGAACACAGAGAUGCUCUCUGCAGCGUGUGCUGUCGGAGUGGGCUGCUGCUUUGCUGCCCCUAUUGGAGGUGUGUUGUUUAGUAUCGAGGUGACGUCCACGUUUUUUGCCGUGAGAAAUUAUUGGAGAGGAUUUUUCGCGGCAACGUUCAGCGCCUUCAUCUUCAGAGUUCUCGCUGUGUGGAACAAAGACGAGGAGACGAUCACGGCUCUGUUUAAAACGCGAUUUCGUCUGGAUUUUCCGUUCGACCUGCAGGAACUCCCGGCCUUCGCCGUGUUGGGUAUUACAAGUGGAUUCGGAGGCGCGCUGUACGUUUACCUGAACAGGCUGAUCGUCGAGUCGAUGCGGAAACAGAAAACCAUCAAUAAGUUUCUGCUUAAAAAGCGCUUGGUGUAUCCUGCUGUCGUCACUCUCCUCAUAUCAACUCUCACUUUUCCUCCAGGAUUUGGGCAGUUCAUGGCCGGACAGCUCACUCAGCACGAGUCAUUAGUGGCGCUGUUCGACAACCAGACCUGGUACAAGCAGGGCGUGUCCGAGGAGUUUCAGUUCUCGAGUGAGACUCAGGCCUGGAAACACCCGCAGGUCAGCGUCUUCAUCACCCUCCUCCUCUUCAUCGUCAUGAAGUUCUGGAUGUCAGCCGUCGCUACGACGAUGCCAGUGCCGUGCGGCGCCUUCAUGCCCGUUUUCCUUAUAGGUGCUGCAUUCGGCCGCUUGGUGGGUGAAAGCAUGGCGGCCAUGUUCCCCGACGGCAUUCACAGCGACAACACCGUAUAUCCCAUCGUUCCUGGCGGCUACGCUGUUGUAGGUGCUGCGGCGCUUUCCGGAGCGGUCACACACACCGUGUCCACGGCGGUUAUUGUGUUCGAGCUGACUGGUCAGAUCUCACACAUCCUGCCCGUGAUGAUCGCCGUGAUCCUGGCCAACGCCGUGGCUCAGAGCCUCCAGCCGUCGCUGUACGACUCCAUCAUCAGAAUCCAGAAACUUCCGUACCUGCCGGAACUGGGCUGGGGCCAGGAGAAGUAUAAUAUCCGAGUGGAGGACAUCAUGGUGCGAGACGUCCGUUUCAUCACGCUGUCCUCGACGUACCGGGACGUGCAGGAGGCGCUGGUGACCGGGCAGCUGAAAACUCUCGCUCUUGUGGAGUCUAAAGAGUCGAUGAUCCUGCUCGGCUCUAUCGAGCGUUCUCAGCUGCAGUUUCUGCUCUCGGAGCAGCUCGGUCGCGGCCGACGGUUGGAGUACCUGAGGGAACGAGCGCAGGACAACGGCGCCCACGUCCCCUCGUCGUUUUCCCAGAAUUCCUCACCCAGCGCUGGCCGCGGAGUCCGCUUCCUGAUUUCCACAGAGGAAUCCUCGUACAGUCCGACGCUCACCAACUCCCAGAUUCCCCUCAAGUCCGCGCUGAAGACCGUGUCGUCCAUCAGCAACACCGACACCCUGAACAGUUCUCCGAGUCUGUCCUCUGGAGAACUGGUGAAGGAGCAGGUAGAGGAAGCCCCUACCGUCGAGGAUGACAUGUCGACAGCAGAGAUGUCUUUACCCCAGAUAGCUGAGUGGGAGGAGCAACAGCUGGAAGAAGCCGUCUGCUUUAACAACUGCAAGAUAGACCCCGCCCCCUUCCAGCUCGUCGAACGCACGUCUUUGCACAAAACGCACACCAUUUUCUCACUGCUCGGUCUGGAUCACGCUUACGUCACGAGCACCGGGAGACUCGUCGGAGUGGUCUCGCUGAAAGAGCUACGCAAAGCCAUUGAGGGCUCUGUAACGGUCACAGGCGUGAAAGUUCGCCCCCCUCUGGCCAGUUUCCGUGACAGCGGCACCAGCAGCAGCGUUUCCGAAGUAACCGAGCUCCACAAGCUCUGGAGUCGGCACAAGAGCCUGUCGUUGCCACGGGAACCCAAAACAGCCGCCGAGCUCUGCGACGAGCUGGAGCAUCCGUCCGAGAGCAGCGUGCUGAACGAGACGGACUGCACCGAGGUCUUACACAGCGAAGACCAAUCAGAAACCUCGGUGGUGGAGGAGACCCAGUCGGAGCUCGAGAACAUUUCAGAAAACUUUUCCGAACCGGCCGAGGAAACCGGCUCGGGCCAAAGCGAGGACCUAACAUGCAAGGUUAACCCGUCAAACACGGCGAACCAGCCGGAAUGACGGCUGCUGUUUGUUAUUUAACGCACACUAUCGAAUCUAACAUACUGGGACAUUCAUGCACACGACCCUGCCGUCACACUAGCAAGCGACAAAAUGGCAGCACGCGAUCUAUGUUCCUUCGUGUUAUGCUAAUCCGUAAGACGCAGUGAAUCUAUCUAAUUAGCGCCAUUAAAUUCCACUCUAAACCUGUAGGCGGUCAUAUUGAAUUCGUUUCCAGUGCCGAUAACGUGGAAAAAACAAAAACUAAAUUGGCCGGACACCUAGCAGGCAUCACUGUUGCUAAUACAAGCGAAAAUUGGAAAAAGCACAUGGUUAAUGUUUAAUAUUGCUAAAUAGCUGCGUGAUGCAAGAAGAAUCUAUCAGUCUGGGAGGAUGAACGCUAGCAAGUAAAGGGAUGCUAAUGCUAACAGAAGCACGCAGCUGUUAAUGUAACAGCAUGUGAUGUGAACAAUAUUCAAAUAAGUUAAACAAAAAUGCAUUUUUAUAAAACCCACGGUGAUAAACCGUAAAACCAAAAAGGCGUGACUCGAGCAUCUUAUCGCUUUCCAGUGUGAACGCUGGGUGAAUUCAGGGUCGAGGAGGAGCGUAUAAACGCCGAGGCGCACGUCCGAGUGAGAACCGAAUGUAUAGACGCCACAGCAUUGACGAUAUGUAGUAGGUAUGUUCCGAUGCUAUCGAAUAUGAUCAUGAACAACAUCGUAUCGGAGAGGCAGCUGAUAAACAGAAUUAUGGGUUUGAUACUUUUCAGCGGCCCUUGGGGAGUUGGACACACUUUAUGUCAGGAGCACAAACGCUGGCCGAAAAAAAAAAAAAAAAAGAAAAGAAAGAAAGAAAGAAGCAGCCUACCCAGGCAGGGUGCCAAUAUUUUAAAGCAGCUACGGUGACAAAUAUUGCAAUGGGUUAUUGGCGCAUGGCCAUAUUUAAGUGUCAGAAUGAAUAUCAGAUUAUGAAAGGAGGAAUGGUGUGUGAGUGUGAGUGUGUGUGUGUCUUUGCAUAACUGAAGUGUGUGACUCAGCUGCACACAGAACCCACAUCCCCCAUCUGGAGCCGACACUUUUCAUCUGUCUCCGAGAGCUAAGCUACAAUUUGGCUCUAAAUUUAGCCACUUAAUCGCCGCAGUGACGACCGGAGAGAAGAAAAGACGCAGCAAAACGGACGGCGAGACAAAGAAUGGCGGGAAGAACGGCGUGAAGAGGAAGAGGAAGAGGAAGAGGAGAGGUGGAUCGAAAGAGAAACAACACAAAGAGCGAACGAGGCCGAAGGGCAGAAUUUUUUCACCGCGUUGUAAUUAGCGUCAACGGUACUCGCGCUAGCUGAAAGCGGAUAGCCAGCGUAAAUCAGGAGGUCUAAUGAAACGUGAUAAAUAGACAAACACACACACACGUUGUAAAGGAUGACAAGGUAGAUCUUCAGAUUAGCAUCGUUCCUUCGCCUGAUUGGAUUGGCCCUUUGGUUCGCCAGCUCAUAUCGGCAGAAAGAAUACAGGUGGAUAAAAAAGAUUAGCUUUUUUUUCCACCAGCGAUUCUUCAACGACAUAAUCACUACAAAUCCACACCGUAACAUAAUAAAUAUCAUUUCAAUUACAGCCCGGUGAGAUUAGCGAGCUAACUAUGCUCUUCUAUGUUUUAGCAACACACAAAAACGUAUGAUUAAAUAACAAACUAAAUAUAUUUAGGUUAGCUAGCAAACAAUAACGUCCUAUUGUAACUUGGGCUAACUAGCAAUGUCGUCUGCAGUAAUGAAAACAACUGCUCGUCAACAAAAAUACAAUACAACAAUAAAUUAAAAUAACUUUUUUUUUUUUUUAAAUUUCAAACAAAGUUGACGAUCUCUUAUAAUAUAAUAUUAUCUAAAUACUAUUACAAUGUAGAGAUUUGGAGAUCUGACUGUUGUUCCAUCUUUCAUCAGCAGUUGGUUUCUGGCUUGCUAGGUUAGCUCGCUAAAUUUACCUAGCUAACAAUAAUCUCCUAAAUUGACCUAAGUUAGCUUAUUGUUAACAAAAUUACACUGCAAUUAAACAAGAAUACCUUUGUAAAAACGUUAACAAUGCAAUAAAAAAAAAUUACUACUUGUAUUUUUCUUUGUGCUGUGUUUCUACAAUGUUAGCUAGGUUAGCUAGCUAGCAAGCAAUAACUUCCUGUUGUAACUUUAAGUUAACCAAUUUUUCACCAAAAUAUGACAAGAACGUUCGUGUUAUAAAAAGAGAAACCCGCUAUGUGUUAUACGCUAUUAAAAGUUUUACUAAUAUUUGAGCUUGACUGACGUUUUUUCAGGAGUAGGCUCAUGUUUCCUAGACUAGCAAGCUAGCAAGCAAUAACCUCCUGUACUAACCUUUGCUAGCUAGCAGUAGUCUCCUGUGGUAACUGUACCUUAACCAGAAAUAUAUCCCUCUAGUCACAUCCCAUAUGAAUUUUUUUAUUUUUUUUUAAAGCCAAAACAAUGUUAUUUCUGUUUGUAUUUUUAGAAAUUAAACAUACUGAACAUACUGUGUUGUAUUGAUAGCUCCGCCCCCUAAUACCAUGCAUUGGUUUCCGUUCCUGCCGAUCUUGAGCUGGAACCAAAACCAGCUGUUGGGUCCUUCGGUACUUGGAACGAUGGCUGAUUUGGAAAAGCACAGUUUUAUAUAUGCUGAUCCUUGUGCAAAAGUUUUUGCACCCACACACACACACACACACACACACACACACACAAACACUUUCACGUGCAAAGCGGUGAAAUUUUGGAUUUAGGAUCGUGGAAGUCUAGACCCGGAGAGAUUCAUUAUCACGUGCAUGCAGACGCCCAAAUCACAGGAUGUCCACUUUACGUCCUUUUUAAGUCCACUAGUGAAAGCCUCAGCGUACUUAACGUGGAGAGAACAUCUGCGAGUGUUGUGCGAAAACAAAACCACCUUCAUGAGUUUGUAAGCUUGCAAGGUUGUAUGCUGUCUCCCGUUUCGUAUUGGCCGUGAUGUACGAGUUCUUCCGUCCUGCAGGUGGCGCUGUUCAAAUUUUAUGAAAACGUCCAGGACUACAGGAAGAAGAUCCCCACUCCUCAAAAUCAAUCUAUCUGGGAAUGAAUCAGCUUGGGCACUCGAUUCAGCUUUGCAAUGACCGGACUUAAAUUUUCACAGCGCCACCUACAGUACUGUAGUAUAUUACGAAACUGCAACGAGAACUCCUGAAGGUAGUUUGGUCUCUGCGAUAAGUACGCUGAGGUCUUAAGUCAGAUUAGACGUGCUACCUAACUUUAUUUACAUGCAAAAGCUCUUCAUCAGGUACUUGAAGUAAUACCGUGAAUUUUUUACCUCCGAGACCGGAUUCGGUCAAAGCUGCAAUGUUUCAGUUCCUUUAAAACAGCGUGUAUUUAACAGCAAUUGUAGUUACACUGUAAAUUGCACCAUACAGUACGGUAGGCAUGUGCCGAUAAUCACUUAUAUAUAAUUAUAUUAUAUUCAAAAUGCAUGAUGUUGUAAUUGUUGAUAAUUAUAAUGUCAUGAUAGCUAGCAUGUUUCUUGAUGUUCUAGAAUGUUUUAAGAGCCAUAUUUGUGUUCGUAUAUUGACAAAAGUUGUUUCCACGGCUACAUUAAGCUAGCUAACAUCUCCAUCCUCAUGCUCAUGUUGAGUUCCACUACUGAAGAAAGCGAAAGCUGCAAAAUGUUGAUUUGACACACAUGUUGACGACAUGCUGGUUGGCACUUGUACAUGGAGCUGCAUUUUACAUUUUAUGGAGGAAAAGAAAUUCUGAAAUGGGUAUCUAAUAUCUGUUCAUUUUGUACAAGCAGCGCUUGUACAAGAGGUCUGUUCUGACUUUUGUCAGGUGUCAGAUUCCUGUUAGCUGAUUUAAAUAGCUAGCAAUAACCUCAUAUGAUAAUUUUAUUUAGCUAGCAAUAAUCUGUGGUAAUUAGUUAGCCAUCAUGGACCUCUUGGAGUAACUUAAGCUAGCUAGUAAUAACCUUCUGUUUUAAAUUUAGCUAGCUAUAGUAAUUUUAGCUAGCCAUAACUUUAUCUAGCUAGCAAUAAACUUCUGUGGUAACUUUAGCGAACUAGCUAUAACCUCCUGAGGUAGCAUUAGCUAGCUAGCAAUACUCUGCUGUGCUAACUUUACCUAACUAGCCAGUGUUUCUCAUGUUUCUUUUUAUAAGAUAACUCAAGAAGAACAUUUUUCCCCAGAAACACAAGUGUUUUCUUUACAUUCUUGCCAUAUGGUGUUUGUUGUUAGUUAACACUGUCUGUGUGUGUGUGUGUGUUCGAGCUAAGAAGAGAAAUACGGAGACAGAUAAAACUAGGCUAGGGCAAGGGCUAGCCUAAUCCUAACCCUAAAAAAAAAACAGAUAAGAAGUGUGGAAGAGCAAGCUAGCUAGAUAAUAGUAACCUUCUGUGGUAUCUUUAGCUAGCAAUAAUCUCCUGUGGUAACUUUAGCUAGCUAGCAUUAAUGUUCUGUUUUAACUUUCGCUAGCUAGCAUUUAACUUGUGUGAUAACUUUAACUUGAAGCUGCUAGCACUAAAUGCGCUACUGCAGCGCGUCUCAAACUCAGGAGUAUUUCUGUUCUCGUGUCUUUGUUCGGGGUUUUUGUUUUGUUUUUGUUUUUUAAAUACAAACUAGCUCGACGAUCACAUUUCUCACAGGAAGUGCGUUCUUCGUAUUUUCGGUAUGAAAAAAAAAAAAAACAAUUAGCUAACGCUAUUUAACGGUGUUACAAAACUAACCAGCAUGAUAAAAGGUAAACGGAAUUGAGACAAGAUAUCGGCACAUGUCUACAGUAUGCUAGCGGCUGUAGUGAUGUUUUUAGGCCAUACUCCACUCUGCUGCUAACGUUCUCCCUUAAACCCCUCACCUGUACUGUACAUUUCACCUGGAGCGGGUUGUAUUUAAUCGUAUCUUACCUGCCUUCAUAUGCACUUUGAUUGCAGCCUGCAUAUUAGAACUAAAUUUCAGCUGCAAGGCUUUUUAUUUAUUUUUUUAUUUUAUUUUUCUUAAACCAACUGUGCAAUAAUCAUUUAUAUUCUUGCAACUAAUGCUUGCCUAAUAAGAUUAUUAAGUCUUCGAAUGUCGUUUUGGAUUGAUUGUGCUAUGAAAAUGACGUAUGAUUCAUGUUUCUGUGUACUUGUGACGCUCGGAUGGAUAACACUUUAUUUUAAGCGGAAUAUUUAAGAUCGCCGUCACUAAUCUCCCGUGAUGACAACGGCUAUCUAGCGAUGUCCUCAUUUUAUAACUUUAUCUAAAUAGCAACAUCAUCCCGUGAUAAAUUUACCUAGCUAGCAUUAACUUUCUUUGGUAACUCGACGUAGCUAGCUGUAUCGUUCUCAGAUCAAUUCCCACAUGAUAUGACUUUACCGAGCUAGCAAUUAUCUCCUGUGCUGACGUUAGCUUGCUAGCAAUGCCAUUAUGGGAUGAAUUUAGCUAGCUCUAAUUAACCUUAUUAAUCAGCUAUCACAACCCCUUUUUAAAAUAAAGUGUUACCCAGCCAUGAGAUUUAGGAUGUGUCCCAAACACUAGUGCUUAAGAGAAGAGUUAAGAAUUUAUUUUACCGAAUCCUUCCACGACUGUUGAGAAAACAUUUUAGAUCAUUCGGGAUGGUGUCCGUAGAUGCUAUGUCAUAAAGAACAUGAGUUUAAAUGAGUUUUUUUGCACAUGCUAAUUGUUCUCGAUAGCUGUAACGGACUGAAACUCCGUUGAAACUCGCGUACUGUAUAACAGGAUUUAUUCUUGCUAGACAAGCAACUGUGUGUGUGUGUGUGUGUAUUACCCACAAUGCAUUGUGAGCAUUUUAGUUUUAAUUAAUUCCUGCGAAGAGUUUGUAAAAUAACAUUCCUAUCGCUUUCAGAACGAAUGAAGCGUUAUGCUAACGUUAUCUAGCGUGCUAGCUUGCACACCGUUUAGCCAAGCGGCUAGCAAACUAAAUCAUUCAAUGUAACUAGCCACAUUAGGGAAAGAACGGUCCGUUUAGCAUCUGAAAAGGGUUUCUCUUUCGUAAAAAGGUUCUUCCUCAGUUCCAGUAACCUUUUCUGACAAAAGGGCAACGUUCUUUGAGGUAAUAUUUUUACUGACACCAUCCCAAAAAAACCCCAUUUUUAUUUUUAACGUAGCAGUUUCGCAGUUGUGUCAUUGCCCAAUCUUGGCUAAUUUCUGGGCCAGAAACAUUUCAAGAGAAGCUUUAAAAUCAGCUAGAAAAGGUACGAGAACUGCGAAUGCAAUUUUCUUUAAAAUCAUGUGAUCAUUAGAGGUCAUGGGACAUUAUUAAAACGUACGAAUCGUACCUUUAAAGUUUUAACCAUCACUUGCUAGAAUGACCUCUAAUAACUUUUCACUUUAAACACUGGUGUUGCGGACAGAUUCUCUCCCCUCCCCCUUUUCUUUUCUUUUUUUUUUUUUUUUUU